AUGGUUGUGCAUUUGGGCUUAGGGGUUCGUGAGCACAGGUAUGCGAUUUCUUCAGGCUUCAGCGGUCUGUAAAGCUGUUUUGAAACAUAUGUAGAAACAUCACAUAUGGCAUCUAUAUAUGCAAUAUUCUGUCUCGAUUAAAUCCAUGGAAUAAAGCUCACAAUGACACAUUUAAUUUACACUCAAACUUCUGUAGAAUGAAUCGGCAAGGGCUCAAACGUUUAUUCAUUAUAGAAAAGUUUCGUUGAACAGAGCUUGACCUAAAGCUGACAGAAGAUUCCACAGUAUUUUGAAGCUCUGUAAAUUAUAAAUUAUUUGAUCUGUGGUGCCAGUGGCCCAUUUGUUAUAGCCUUUUUCACAUCCAAACCCAAAUCCUGACCGUUCCUUGAGAAAUCAUGACCAAGCAAAAGAUGAAUAUUCAAAACACAAACACGUCAUUUCCUCGAUCAACUAUGUUCAUGUUUUUUUGUCAUAACUUCAUCCACGUUUUCCAUUCCGCCUUUUAAACACCCGAACGCCGAAUUCAAGGAUUCCGAAGACAGUCUGCCACCGGAUUUUUGAAAGAAGAAAAGAAGGGACACAGACAAAAAACGUUUCGUGCCCUCGAGGUCAGAGGCCAUAAAAGCCAAUUAUUUGUCUCAAGCUUUAAUCCUCUUUUUUUGCAUAGCUUUUGUUGCAAAUUGAGUUGUAAUUCGAAUUUAAUUAAAGCUUAUUCAUUAUAAUUUCGAUAUUUUUCAAAAAUAUAUCAAAAUUCAAGUUUGGAAAGUGGUGUUUUUGCCAAAAAUGGCACUUGACAUUUGCCAAAACAACCUAUUUAAUUUAGUCAUGCAAAUUUCCCCUACGGCAAACUGCUCCAUCUUUUGUCGUAAAAAUGGAAAUUUUCACAAGUUUCUCUGCAGAUUUUGACCUUUUGUUUUCAGUACACACUUUUUUCCUUUUCUGGUUGCACAGCGUUGACAGGGGAGACUCGAAUUUCAAGGGCUUCCGCGCAGCCCUUCAGCAUUAUAUUCAACUUGCCUUCUGUUUCGAUUAGCGCUCGGAAACCGCUUCUUUUCCCGCGCUGACCCUUAGGGCUUACGUCCCCUUUACACUCAGCCCAAAUGUUUUUUACACUGGUGAUAAUUCCGCCAGCUGAAAUUAACUCCAUGGAGAUCGAGAGGGUGGUAAAUGGUUAUUUUUCUGGCCAAAAAUACUUGUUCAAAAACAACCGAGACGACUAUUAUUAUCCAGUUUUCUAUAUAGCUUAUAUAGCCCCAAUUAGUAAUGUUCUCUGGACGAAUAUUAUAUACAGCGGCAGCUUUUUUUCGUAUAAAGGAGUUCUUUUAUGGGCUCAUAAAAGUUCCAAGCGUACGUUUUUGUCAAAGUCUUUGAUUCGAUGUGGGGAUUAGCCGCAAAUGGUAGAUUAAAAACAUCAAGUGUUCAUUCCUGUCUCCGAGUUCCGUGCAGCUCUCUGAACGUUUUUUGAUAUCAUUUCCUGGGGGAUUAGGGGUUCGAAAUCUGGACUUAAUAACAGUCUUUUCUCUCCCUCAGGAACAUUCGGUUUAAAAACUUAAUACCAAUUUUACUCGAAUUUUCCAGAAAGUAUAUCCCUGUCAUCCUGCAUGAUGUAACCCCUUCCAUAAGCCCACUAUCUCCGGGAUAAGCCGAACGCAAAACAGAGGAUCAAAUUCAAAGCCCCCUGUUUUGACAACACCCCACUCCGAGCCGUUUUUUGCAGACCACCGGUUUGUUAAUCACACCGCCAAGAGCUUCGAAACGUAUCUUAAACCUAUUACUUUUCUUUCCUCGACCUAUUACUUUUCCCCCAUUCCUUCUCAAAACUCUUAUUGUCCAUCCCGAUUUUUAUGAGUUUCAAAACAGGAAAAACGCUUUUCGCUGCACGGGAAAAUAUGGAAAAUGGGAUUCUGGCUGAAGAUUAGAUUUGGGGGCGAUUAAUCCCUGGUCCACCAUGACGAUCUCCAGUGCGGGAGGAGAGACGCAUCUAAACAAAUGGCGGGGAGGUUAUGUUUUUACUGCUUCCUUGAGUCUACUGGUUGGGAAAGCGGAAUAAGAGCUUUCGUUUUAUGGGCUUGACAAACGUUAUAUUAUACUAGGCUCUGCAAACGCAGCAGGUGAGAACUUGAGGGUUGGGUUGGGUGGGUUGAUUGGGAUGUAAGUUUUGAAGCGAAUUUAGAAUGGCAGUUGUUACGAUGUAUGCUAAAUUUUUUACCGCGUUUUGCAGAAAUUAAAAACGAGACUUCAAAAGUCAUCGCCUGGAAUUUUUUGCCAGUACGAAAAUUUCUUUUUGGAUAUAGCUGUUGCACCAUUCCUCUCGUUCCUUCAUCUGUAGGACAUGACUUCCCAAAUCGUUGCAAAAUUCAAUGUAUUGUCAAAAAUUAAGUUUACAAAAAGUUAUUUUUAUAGUCUAGACAACUAUAGCAGUACCUGUUAAUAUCAUCAAGUAAUUUUAGUUCCCAUUACUGCAAUUUCCUAAUCCUUUUGCUCUCUUUGUGACCUUACACUGUCCAAAGUCACCCCUUUCUCAUAUGCACUUUUUCACAUUAAUAUGCUCACUCUCACGUCGAAUUACGGUUGAUGAAUUCACUUUGACGGCUCGGUCACAAACACUCUUCCUUUCCCAAGGUGUUUCCUAACCUAGAAAUAGCCGAGAUAAUCCCUCAAAUGACGAGAAUUGAUUCCUCCCGAGUUACUUUCCUCUAAUUUGGGCCUCGCUGUUUUUUACGUGUACUUUUUGGGAGUCAAAAUGUUUGCGAGAGUAGAGUUUGCUCUUACAAAACCAUUCUUUUUUUGUUUUCGACGUUCGCAAUCGAUUGGAAAUAUAACUUUCAUUGACAACCUGAUGGGUGUUUUGAUGAGAAUUGGGAUUCGAAAUUACUGCUAAUUAGUGUCAGGCGAUUUUACAACCGUUUUUUUUGGGGAGUUAGAGGUUUUUAAAAGGCUAUUUAUGACUUCACGACCUUAGGGCUUUUGUCAAAAUUGCGCAUAAAUUGUAAAAAUCCCGCAAGUUUUUGACCAAUGCAUUUUUUCCAACAAAAAAAAUAUUACUAGAUCUAUCUCACAAUUUUUACGCAACAAUUUCGUGUGUUAUGCAUUUCUUUUACUUUUUAUGUUAUUUUUGACAUAUAAAUUAAUGUCAUCAAGACUAAACUUUGCUCCUUUUUAGGGCCUAUCUCACAAAGAUGUCGGUGGAAAUACACACAAGCCCCGAGAACAGCCCCACCAUGCCGUCGGAGGUAAGAAAUCUCAACUUCCCGACCAAUGACUCAAAUGUUUUAUCCUUCAGGCUAAUUGCACUCCAUUGUCAAUCCAUCGAAUUGAAGACUUGAACGACAAAUUCAAAGAAAAGCUAAAUGAAGCCCUCAGCGAACGGGAUGAGAUGUGGAGAAAGCAUGAGAAGGAGCAGAUAGCCUAUGUUCAGCAGCAAACCAGCCAGAUGUUGGCCCGGCUUCACAAUGAAAUUGAGCGAUUGAUGGGGAAAAAUCGAGGUGAGAAUAGAGAUGUUUCAAGCUUGUACUAUCUUUGUAACAACUUUAUCGUUCAACUACUAGUCGGGACAAAAAGUCCUGAUAAUUUUGCACUAUGCGGAUUUUGCUCCGUUUCUGUCGCACUCUGAAAAAAACGAUUUGUCGCUCCGAAAAGUGGGAAUCGCGCGCGACGUAAGGCAAAAACAAACAAAAUGCACUGUGCAAAACACUUUUUUUCGCGAUUUUCGCAGCGACAUCCCAAAACGUUCAAAUCCGCACAGUGCAAAAUUAUCAGGACUUCUAGUCCCGACUAGUACAGUGUGGGACCUGAUCCAGUGGCAAAAAACGUACCAUUUUGCAUCCGGGAAGUAUCAAAAAUGUGGCAAAAUGCUUCCCUCUCCAAGUGAAAAAACCCCGAUUUCAAAAGCACGCCCGAUCUUUUUGAGAGAGAAAGGGUACGCCCUUCAAAACGUUGUUUUUUCACUUUGAGUGGGAGGCAUUUUGCCACAUUUUUGAUGCUUCCCGGAUGCAAAAUAGUACGCUUUUUUCCACUGGAUCAGGUCCCCCACUGUAUGCUACUAAAAAUCACAUUCUCUUCGAUUUUUUGCAUAGAACCCUCGGUUUUUGCCUAGUGUAAUAUAAAUUUUUUCCAGAUCUGGAACGCCGCCUGCAUGUGAGCAAUAUCCCAGAUCCAGAAGUUGUGGAAGAACUGGAAAACAAGAUUGAGAACCUUCAAAAACAAAACAAAUCUCUGAAAAAGGAAUUUGCCGCAUCUGAAGACCGAAACAAAACCUUUGCCAAGACCUUGGAAGAAACUGCACGCGUGUAUCGAGAUCAAGUCUAUGAACAUGUAAGCCAAUAACCUUGCGUUGGCAAUCUUUUAGGAGAACAAAAUCCGCCAACUAACCCAUGAACUCGACCAACGGACCUUAACCAUGACACAGUUGUCGACGCAGGUAAAUUUACAUCUAAACAAUGCUCUACCGCCGAUUUAGAUCCGUAAUUAUAAACUCCGCGAAGCUAUGGCUCAAGCACAACAACGGCGACGAGCCUCUUGCAUCGACCCUCCAAAUACCACCACUUCUAUGACCUUGCCGUCUCCAGUAAAACCCAAAGCUUUUCGAUUGUUUGGAGCAACUCAAUCAGCAGUCGAAUCUAAUCAAAACAAAGUCCAAAACAAGCCCGAGGAACGAGGAUUGAAGCCGCCCAACACAUCGAGUGUUCAGAAGUUGCCAUACAUUGGGAGGUAAGGAAAAAUCGACAAAGAACCUUGGCAAACCCUUUUUUCUUGUGAGAAUGUCGCCAAAAACGUUAUUAGAACCGAGUUUAUAGCUCAAAAUUCACUGCAGUGUACAGCAGUUGCCUUUUUCUGCUAUUUUGCCGCCUUGACUUGUCAAAAAACAAGAAUUUCACAAUUUUUCACCACAGAGAAACACUUGACCGUCCACAAAAAAGCCGUGUCAACUCUUCCCAUUCCCGAAUUUCUCUCUCGAUUCGCGCACCUUUUUUUCUCUCGCACUAAAAACGGCUCUCUUAUCCCUCGCCCGACGCCGUACCCAGUUCUUUUCCGAACGCUAAAAGUGACCCUUUCCACUGGCCGACGAAUCAUAAACUUACCUGGCUGGGAGAGCGGCACGAUCAAGAAGGUGUCGCCUCCAUGGUGAGGCCCUCCCAUUGCACUUUGGGGACGGGUUGACCUGUGUGGCAGCUCCGAGUUGGGGUUGGCCAACAGCUAAAUUUUUGCGUUUGAGGUCUCCGGACCUCCUAUUUUUCCAGGAAGUUGGAGGCAAAGCGUAUUUUACAAUGACAUAAUGAAGUAAAACAAUGUAGGAAGUUAGGAACAAAUGUUAUUCCAUCCUAAACUCGGUUAACCAAUCCUAAAUAUAACAAAAGAUGCUUGUACAAUAUCCAAAAGUCUCACAUUCACUCUAAAAAUUUUAGUCCACGUCGCAGCGACAUCCAAAACAGCAUCGAGAAGCCGGUUCCAUCGAUGGUUCGUUCAAUGUCCGCUGGAAUUCCCCCAACCAAACCUCAUCUCCUCUACGCUCUCCGCAAUGCUCAAAACUUGACCACGAGUUCCAGCUUCGAUGCCAGUAAUUGA